AUGGGCCCAUCGACUGCAAAGUCAUAUUUCCACCACGAGGCGGCGGUCGAAGUCGACAUUCUGCAGACAAAGAUGGCGGUGCGGAAGAAAGACGGCGGCCCGAAUGUAAAAUAUUUCGAAGCGUCUGAUACCGUCUCGCAGUUCGACAAUGUCCGCGUUUGGUUGGGCAAGAAUUAUAAAAAGGUACUGCUGUUUUUUGUUAACGUAAUGAAUAAACUCAUUCAUAUGAUCAUAAAUGAAAGAGGGCAAUCUUAACAGUUGAAGGAGUGGGCAGGCGAGGGAGGGUGUGAUGAGAUGGGUUGCAGGAUAGUCCAGCUGUUUAACACACACAUUCACGAGACGAAAACAAAAAGAUGCUGAGAAACGUCUUGGCAAGUGCCGCGUUGCAAAUUAUUGACAUUUGAUAUGUUUCAAGUGCAUGUUUCUACACCCAUUUAGUAGAGGGAAUGAAUGGCCUGUGUUGCGGGUUGUUGUUCGGAAGGGGGGGGGGGGGGAACCUAAGCUAGCUAGCUAGCUAACGGUAAUUUCAUGGAUUGCAGAUGACUACUCCGGCCAGCGCAAAUCCAGAUGUUGGGCUGUCUUUUACUGGCGCUUUCGGUUUUCUCUUUCACCCCAUUGCACUCCAUGGUCUUUUAGGGCAAUAUAUGGGCCUUGAGUUUCAUGUACCGGCCCCUUUUACCCCCUCCCAGAUGGUGUGCAGGAUUUUAUAGUGUUGCCAAAAAGGCCAUGUCUAUUGUCUCAGAGCAAGCGCUCAACCCCACCAUUCUCAACCUGGGCCAGAGAAAGAAUACAAAGAUUCACAUAGAGGAACCUGUAGUUUCUUUCACCAUCAAAUUACCUCUAUUUUUGUUAAUUGUACUAUUCAAACUAUCAAAGAUCUAUCUAAGAUCCACUCACUCACUCACACUAUACUUGCAUAUUUGGGACAAUAUCCAAAUAAUAAUACCAGAAUAAUGAUGAUGUGCAUGUCAACUUAGUUACAAUGUAUAUUUAUCCUGAUAUUUUCAUGUAAAUCCUCUCUCUCGUCCCUCAGUACAUCCAGGCAGAGCCCCCCACCAACAAGUCUCUAUCUAGCCUGGUGGUCCAGCUGCUGCAGUUUCAGGAGGAGGUGUUCGGACGACAUGUCAGCAACCCACCUCUCACCAGGCUGCUGGUGAGAAAACGCGCGCACGCACACAAUUUGCUAUUGUGCUUCCCCUAUUACACUAUUCUAAUAGUGUAUCUAACCCUAUGUCUUUCUGUUCAGAUGAAGAGUUUCCUGGACUUUAAGUCUGGCGGGGCUCUCUGCCACAUUCUGGCUGCAGCCUACAAGUUUAAGAGCGAUCAGGGCUGGUAAGAGUUUCAUUCUAACCUGCAGAUUUUUGUUUGGCUCACUACACUUACACUCCCAUCAAAUGAAUUUAACCCACAAAGUUGUAUGGUUGAGAAGUUCUGAUUUAAGAUUAAACAAAAUAGAUUGAUCCUUGAGACGUUUUCAUUUUCACAAUGAUGCAUUUUUAUUGAAAUAUUUGAUGAGGUUCUGUGAGAUUUUUGACUCCUGUCUGUCUUCAUGGCAGGCGCAGGUUUGACUUUCAGAAUCCUUCUCGGAUGGACCGCAAUGUGGAGAUGUUCAUGACUAUCGAGAAAUCUCUGGUACAGGUCCGUCUGCCCUUGUCUUCUUUGGAGAACUAUUGUCUUUGUCUGUGUCGCUCUCUUUCUUAUUUACCCUCUCUUUCUCUCCAUCUGUCCAUCAGAACAACUGUCUGAGUCGACCAGUGAUCUACCUGAGCUCUGACAUUGAGGCCAAGCUGCUGGGGAAACUGAAGGACAUCAUCAAAAGGCACCAGGUAGGCUUGUCUUCACUGACCUAAUGAUGAAACUAUAUGAGGAGUACACAAUACAGUACAGCUUCAUACAAAACAAUACAGCACAAUACAGUACAGCACAAUACAAUUCAAUACAGUACAGCACAAUACAAUUCAAUACAGUACAGCACAAUAUAAUACAAUACAAUACAACACAGUUAAGCAGAGUGUUUGCUGUCUCCUGCAGGGCUCAGUGACUGAAGACAAGACAUCCAGCUCCCAUGUGGUGGUUCCCAUCCCUGCCAGUCUGGAGGAGGGUUAGUCAGUCUAACAUUAUGGAUCAAACAUUAUCUAGUGGCCAGAAUGUCUGUUCUGAAUUUAUACCUGUAAAGUGAAUUGGUCUAGUAGCUAACUAGACUAAUGGAUUGAUCAUAGACAAAAAAAAUCUCUCUCUCUCUCUCUCUCUCCCCCCCCCCCCCCCUCCCCUCCCGGUUGGUUCAGAGGAGUGGGUGCGUCCGGUAAUGAAGAGAGACAAGCAGGUGCUGCUCCACUGGGGAUACUAUCCUGACAGGUAGGUACUGUCCAUACUGGGGCCUCAGCCUGACACAGUCAACACAACCUUUGGAUAAAGCCUUGUGCAGAACAGGGUGCUCUAACACCAUGGACACUCAGAAUAAUAAUAAUGAUUGAUUGGAUUUAUAUAGCGCCUUUCUACAUUGGUACUGAAAGCGCUUUACAUAAUAAGGGGGAAAUACACCUCGUCCACCACAAAUGUUUGCCAGGACACCCCUACUCUUGCGAUAAGUGCCAUGGGACCUUUAAUGACCACAAAGAGUCAGGACACCCAUUAUCCCAUCCGAAAGACGUCACUCUACGCAGGGCCAUGUCCCUUUCACUUUCCUGGGGCAUUGGGAUUCGAUCUUAAGAGUAGAGAGAAGUGUGCCUCCUACUGGCCCUCCAACACCACUUCCAGCAGCAUCUGGUCUCCCAUCCAGGACUGACCCUGCUUAGCUUCAGAGGCAAGCCAUCAGUGGGAUGCAGGGUGGUAUGCUGCUGGCCGAAUGGCACCAUGUGUCUCAAAUGGCACCAUUUGGGGUGCAGACACAUUGAAAGUACACUAACAUGGUCUCUAACCCAUACCCACAUCUCAUUUAACAUUGAGUUCCACACUGUUUUCUCAGCCUGUGUUAUAGCACCAUGUUUUGACAUGUAGUGCACUAGACACAUUAGUCUAGUCUAACCUCUGACCUCUGUCCCCUGCUGCUCAGCUAUGACACCUGGAUCUCAGCCAGUGAGGUGGAGGCUGCUGUGGAAGAACCGCCUAGCCCAGAGAAACCCAGGAAGGUCAGCACACACAUCCUUCCUUGUUCUCUUUCUGUGUCUUUCUGUGUGAGCUGAUAAUCAGAUAAGGGGACGGCGCUGUACCAUAAUGAACAAAUGGCGGGAAACAACGCAAUUGUGCAUUAGAUGACACAUUGUCAGUAUGGGUGAGCCUAGUAUGUUGAUAUUUGUUGCUUACUGCAUACAUUUUUACUAAACAGUACGUUCUAAAUAGUAUGUAGUACAUUGAGUACACAGAAUGUCGUUUUAGUAAGUAGUAGGCAAGACAGAUUUCGGACACGUCCUCUCUCGCUCUCCUCCCCUCACUUUCUUUAAGUCUCUAUCUUUCUCUCGCUCUUUCUCCCUCUCUCCUCUCUUUGUGUUUCAUAUAGCCAACAUAUAACAUUUUACUACAUUAAAUUAACAUCAUAUAAACUGUGUCUUCAGGUCCAUGCCAAGUGGAUCCUGGACCUGGACCAGUUUAAUGAGUGGAUGAAUGAGGAGGACUAUGAGGUGGGGGAGGGGGCCCCCAAGAGGAAGAGGAUCUCAGCCAAGACCCUGACUGAUGAGGUCACCACCCCAGGGGACGAGCGCCGUGACAAGAAGCCCGGCAGCGCCAAGAAGAGGAAGCGCUCGCCCUCCCCCUCGCCCACCCCACCACCCCAGGAGACCAAGAAGAAGAACACAAAGAAAGGGUGUGUUACCCUUUGUUUACUACUGUAUAAUGCCCUUUGUAAAAGGUGUCAUUGGGAAAUCUGUAGAUUGCUGACACACGCCAUGAUUAAGAAAUAUAAGCCUUAAGAUGCUAUACACAGUAUGACUAACUUUGUGUGUGUGUGUGUGUGCCUGUGCGUUUGCGUGUGUGCGUACGUGUUUGUGUAUGUGUGCGUGUGUAGGCCCACCACCCCGUACACUAAGUCUAAGCGAGGCCAAAGAGAGGAGGAGUCGGAGGAUCUGACUAAAGAUCUGGAUGAACCAUUACCUGUACCUGCAGUGGAGGAGGUCACCCUACCUAAGACAGGUACACACAUUCACACACAUAUAUGUACUGUAUAUAUACACUUUAUUAUCUAAGAUUUAGACUCAGCCCAUUGGCUUAUCCUCCUGAUAUUUACAUUGGUUGAAACAUUAGUAUUCAUCAUCAUUGUGACUGAAAGUCAGGGGUUGAACUAAAGUGUUGUGUCACAGGAAAUGCAACUCUCUCCCCCCACACCCCUCUUUCUCUCUCUCUCUUUCUCUUUCCAUCUCUCUCUGUAGCCAACACUAAGAAAGACUCUGAGUCGACACCAGUGAAGGGAGGUACCAUGACAGACCUGGGUGAGUUCCCUGAACAACUUAAUCAAUAACUUCUCAGUGUAUACACUGUCUGCAGGAUGAGGUCACUACUCACUAUAUUUUAGCUUACUCCAUCCUUUAUCUGUCCCCUGAUCUGUAUUUUCAUUCUCUCCUCUUUUAUCUCUUGAACAGAUGAGCAAGAGGAUGAAUCCAUGGAAACUGCAGGAAAGGAGGAGGAGGAGGGCUCUCCGAGUGUGAAGGGAGAGCCGGUGAAAGGGUCGGACCUCCAUGAGGACAACGUGACCGAGCAGACCCACCACAUCAUCAUCCCCAGCUAUGCUGCCUGGUUCGACUACAACAGGUAGGCUACAGAUCUACACGUCUCUCCCGAUCAAUGAUGUAUGUUAACCUCUUUCUAUGUUUUCCAGUGUCCAUGCUAUCGAGCGUAGAGCCCUCCCAGAGUUUUUCAACGGCAAGAACAAAUCCAAAACCCCUGAGAUGUGAGUAAACACAUGCUACCAUUAGAUCAUUACACAUACCUAGCUUAAUACACAUGUACACUCCUCUGUGUUAUACAGAGACCAACAGCUUUGGAGUUUGGAGUAACCUAACUGCAUAUUCACUGACAAGAAUCUCUCUCUUUCUCUUCACAGUUACCUGGCCUACAGGAACUUCAUGAUUGACACUUACAGACUGAACCCGCAGGAGUACCUCACCUCCACCGCCUGUCGUAGGAACCUGGCCGGAGAUGUGUGCGCCAUCAUGAGGUCAGGAGGACUCAAUGCACACAGGACAUUUACAACAGUCGCAUUUUCAUCUACUUCAUGCAGUAAUAUUUACCUCCUCCAUUUAUCCCUUUCUCCUCCUCCUCUCCUCAGGGUGCAUGCGUUCCUUGAGCAGUGGGGUCUGAUCAACUACCAGGUGGACUCAGAGAGCCGGCCCACCCCCAUGGGCCCCCCGCCCACCUCCCACUUCCACGUCCUGGCUGACACCCCCUCCAGCCUGGUGCCCCUUCAGCCCAAGGCCUCCCAGGUACACACAGAUUGUAUCUAUAUUUUGGUUCUAGAUGUCACUCUUUUUGACUGCAGCUUCACUCCACUUAUGUUCUCUCUCUGUCCCCUCCAGACUCCGGCCGCCCAGCAGAUUCUGUCCUUCCCAGACAAGGUGAAGGAGAAGCAGCCAGCCGACCUGCAGAACUUUGGCCUUAGGACAGACAUGUACAGCAAGAAGACUGGGCCUCCUAAGGUAUGGAUCACAACACUGCAUGACUGAUGAGGAUCAUAGUGCACUGUAUAGCUAACUAUUAAGAGUAGUGAGGUGUGUUACGGGGAUGCUACUUCUUCUGUCUGCAGAGUAAGAGUGCUGCCAGCGCCAUGCGAGACUGGACCGAACAGGAGACACUACUGCUGCUAGAGGUAACUAACAGCACAACUCUGUCUCAUCCACUUUAUUACCAUUCAACAGAAAGCCCUUUAAAUCCAAAUAAACUUGAAACUUUAACUUGAAACAGUGUUGAGAGGAUCGACAACAAAAACACACAAAGCACUUAUCUGGAAAUGUAACCUAGGGCUUAAUAUAACACCCUUAUUAAUAUCAAUCAUCAAAUCAUCCCUCCCCUUUCCUCUCAGGGUCUAGAGAUGUACAAGGAUGACUGGAACAAGGUGUCGGAGCACGUGGGCUCACGUACCCAGGACGAGUGUAUCCUGCACUUCCUGCGUCUGCCCAUUGAGGACCCCUACCUGGAGGACACGUCCUCGUCCCUGGGCCCCCUGGCCUACCAGCCCGUCCCCUUCAGCCAGGCAGGCAACCCUGUCAUGAGCACCGUGGCCUUCCUGGCCUCCGUGGUGGACCCUCGCGUGGCCUCCGCAGCCGCCAAGUCUGCCCUGGGUGAGAGGUCAACUCACUAACUAACCGUCGGUCAGAUCACACAGAGUACAGGCUGGUCUGAUUUGUGUCAGAGAGCUUUAUAGUUAACCUUCAUUUACCAGGAAGUGUCUUGAAGUUUGGAUAUUAUUUUCUCGAGAUACUUUUUAGAGGUGGCGUGUGUAUUUUUUUCUCCUCCAUUCAUUAACUCUCUUUUCCUUCCUCCCUCCCCCCUCUCGCUCUCCCUCUCAGAGGAGUUUUCCCGUAUGAAGGAGGAGGUCCCAGCAGCACUGGUAGAGGCCCAUGUGAGGAGGGUGGAAGAGGCGGCGCGGGCCAGUGGCAGACAAGACCCCCUCUACGGCCUGGAGGGCAGCGGCAUUGCAGGCACCAGCCUGGAGGAGGGAGAAAAACCUGGUACUGCUUCCAUCUACUAUUAUCUAAAACUAUAGUUGUCUUUGGUCAUAUUUCCAUGUACUGUAUGUCAAUAAAGAGAAAUUAGUUGCCGGUGGGGUACACAUAAAACACUAGGCUUGCUGACAAUUCACCUGUCUUUUCUCUGCCUCCAGAAGAGAGCAGUGAGGAGAGUAAAAGUGACAGCCAAUCCAGUGAGGAGAAGAGGGAGACCAAGGUAUGGUGUCUGUUUGGACUUCUACUGUACAUGUGUUUGUGUGGUCGAGUCUUCUGGCAAACCAGUUACGGUCUAGGUCUGAAUGGUCUAGGUUGUGAUGAUUUAUACUCAAGUAUUGGUAAGAAGCUGACCAUGUUGUCCACAUGGUGAUAACAGGAGAACAAAGAGGGAGCCAUGGAAGAGGGGGAGAAGCAAGGAGAAAAUGGGAAGAAGGAGGAGGAGAGAGGGAGAGAUGGAGAAGGAGAGGGAGAACAAGAGGCUGAGAAGACCGACUCGGAGAUGGGUAAUGUUUAUGUCUAUGACUGAAUUUGAAUGCAUCUCUGUGAACUUUGUAAAAUAGUCAAGUCUGUCUCUCUUGUCUUUUACAGACACUUAAUUAUGUGACUUCUAUGUUUCCCUCUCUGCAUUAGGUGAUGGAGAGAAGGGGAAGGAGGGCUUGGAGGAGGGCCAGAGAGAAGGCGAGAGCGAGGGAGAGAGGAAGGCUAAGGUGGAACGGGAUAUGGGAGAGGGGAACCUGGCUACUGCUGCUGCCUCCGCCCUGGCUGCUGCUGCCGUCAAAGCCAAGGUCUGACCUCUGACCCUUGUUUAGCAUGAUCCCCCUAACCACAGAUCUAGGAUGAAGGGCUGUAUGUAUCAAGCUUCUCAGAGUAGGAGUGCUGAUCUACAGGUGUAGGAUCUUAAUUUGAUCACUCUUGUGUUGCUGAGGAUUUUAUUGCACAGCACUGUGUUUGAGGUUUAAAAAAGCAUCUAAAGUUUGUAAUUUCCACUUGAAAAUGUAAGACUUGAUUUGCCUUAAAGAAAAAUACACCAACCCCUACAAAAAAGGUCAAUUAAUUAUAAUCGCAUUUCCUGUUGCUGCAGGAUUAUUUUCCUGCUGUAGCAAACUGGCUCAAAUUAAGAUCCUAUAUCUGUAGGAUCAGUUUUGCCUUUGGGAUCAUAAUGAAUAAGAUUACAUUAGGAUGCACCUGAUUCUAGAUCAGCUAUCCUAGCCAACCCCCAGGGGUUAAAACAUAUCUGACCCUGUAUCAGUGUUUAGGGACAACUUCUAUUAUCUCAGUUUCUCAUACUGAUUAUCAACCAGGGAUUGUUCAAUAUGUCUGUGCCAUUUCACAUAAAAAGAUGACACAUCCAUACUUCUCUCUUUCUCUAUCUCCCCUAUACAUUUUCUCUUCCUCUCCGUCUCCAUUUCUAUCUCCCCUCUCGCUCCAUCCUUCUCUCUCUUUCUCUCCAUAGCACCUGGCUGCAGUGGAGGAGAGGAAGAUCAAGUCUUUGGUGGCUCUGCUGGUGGAGACUCAGAUGAAGAAGCUGGAGAUCAAACUGAGACACUUUGAAGAGCUGGAGACCAUCAUGGACCGAGAGAGGGAGGCUGUGAGUCAGGGAGAAGUGAAGGAUUAUGGGGGAUGUAAUUUAAGUAGACUUGUUGGUUUUGCUUUGUUGGUUGGAGUGUGCAUAUACAUGUUCUUACCCUUUCUGUGUGUGUGUGUGUGUGUAGUUGGAGUACCAGAGGCAGCAGCUGCUGGCAGACCGUCAGUCAUUCCACAUGGAGCAGCUGAAGUAUGCAGAGAUGAGGGCGCGUCAGCAGCACUUCCAACAGAUCCAGCACCAGCAGCACAACCAGACUGGAGGCCCACACCCCGCCCCGGCCCCCACGGGCCCCCCACCCCCACCCCAGGGCCCCUCAGCCACCCAGUCCCAGCCGGUCCCCAGUACCCCUGCACCACAGCCAGCUCCCAGCCCAGCACCCCCUACCACCUCCAUCCCCUCCUCUGCCCAGCCCGCUGAGCCCCAGCCGCCCCCCAGUGGUCCUCACACCUCUCCUCCCCGCCCGCCAGGCCAGCCCCCCACGGCCCACUCCAGCGCCACCCCAACACUCCACGGUGAGUCACACUUUGUGUUAUCCAACUGUGAAUUCAGUAUUUAGCUAAUACUGUACAAAAGUAAUCAUGUGAGCCACUGGAAUUAACUUCAACUUUACUGUGAAAUGUUUUUGCAGUAUGUGUGUGUUUUACACAUCUUAUACUCUUCUCUUUUCUUGAACCCAGAGCCUAGCGCCCCUCUACCUGGGGAUACACUCCACUCCUCAGCCCCAGUUCCCCCUCCACAGUGAAAAGAAAGAAAGGGAGGGAGGGAGGGAGGGAGAGGAGAGAGAGAAGAAGAGAGAGAGAGAGAGAAAGGGUCCUGGCAAACUGAAUGACAUUGACCACUUUGCACCUAUGAAUCCUGCCUGUGUCAUUAAAAAUGAAGAAGUCAAACUGAAGGACAUAUAA